AUGAGAGGGUUGGCCGACACUGCAAAGAGACCACCGGAUCAUCCAGUGGUCGGACCCGACCAGUUAGAGGCCGACUCUUUCGGUGAUCCAACGGACAGGCAGUUCCGCACAUUUGUCGUACAUCCCAUCGAUAACGACAAUAAACUCAUUGGCGUUGCGUUGUAUUACCCGAAGUACUCGGCCUGGUCUGGGAGGGGACUAUGGCUGGAAGACCUCUAUGUCGUACCAGAAUAUCGAGGCACUGGUGUGGGACUGGCUCUAAUGGCACGGUACUCGGCCUGGUCUGGGAGGGGACUAUGGCUGGAAGACCUCUAUGUCGUACCAGAAUAUCGAGGCACUGGUGUGGGACUGGCUCUAAUGGCACGGGUAGCUGAACAAACUAUUUCCGUUGGCAGUAACCGAAUAGAGUGGUGGUGUUUUGCGUGGAAUGAGAAAGCCAUUUCCUUUUACAAGAAGUUGGGCGCCAUUGAUAUGUCGGACACUGGUCUCAAGACACAGGAAUUCAGACUCAAUGGCAACCAAUUGAAACAAAUGGCCGACCGAUGCCCAAUGCAAACCCAGAAACCAAUGUUCACUAUAAGGGAAGGCCGUCGAGAGGACUGCCAACAAAUUGCACUAUUGUUGGCAGAGUUGGCCGCAUAUCAGAGACAAUCACCGGAUCAAGUGGUCGGACACAAGCAAUUAGAAGUGGACGGAUUCAGUGACCCAACGGACAUACAGUUCCGCACAUUUGUCGCACAUCUCGACGACAACGACAAACAACUCAUAGGUUUGGCCUUAUAUUACCCGAAGUACGCGGCAUCGACUGCGAGGGGAGUCUGGAUGGAACACCUGUAUGUCAAGCAAGAAUACCGGGGCACAGGUGUGGAAGUGGCGCUUAUGGCACGGGUGGCUAAACAAGCCAUAACGACUGCCUGCACACGUUUCGAGUGGGACUGUCUCUCAUGGAAUGAUAGAUCCAUUUCCUUGUCCACCAAAGUGGGCGCCACUAACUUGACACACAGUGAGGACAUGUGUAUUGUCUUCCGACUCGAUGGCAACGCAUUGACACAAUUGGCCGACAAAUGCCUUCAAUGAGACCUUCAAUAAUGACUUCCAAAAGAAGUUUUAAUAGUGAUUAUGGAUUCAGACUAUACUUUCAUUGUCUGUUAAUCUUGUUUUAAAAUUUUAAUAAAAUGUUUUAUAUAGCGAUAUAUUAA